AUGUUCGUUCGUUCCAUCCUGUUGGGUGGCGCGGCCGCCCUGGGCGCCAGCGCAAUGCUGGUCGUCCCUGAGAUGGAACCGCAGGUGGAGGCGGUUGAGGAUGGCUUCUUGAAUGUUCACCCGAUGCUGCUGGAGGAUAUCCGGAAUGUGGUGGUCGCUUUGCCUUGCAAGGAGUGCCCUUUCCGCGAAGACAACGAGGAGGGUGCGGUUAGCUGGACCGAGGGCAAGCCAUCGACUUUGAUGCUGGAUUUCUCCAUCGAAGAGAACCGACUGCUGGCCAACGGCCGCCAGAUCUUCCCUCCUGUUCCCCCGAGCCCGGUCCUCGCCAUUCAAGAGCUCGAAGACGGCGAGGCCGCGGGCCCCAUGCCCGUUGGGUACGCCCUGGAGGUGAUGCCGCUGGGAUCCCCCGAUGACACCCCCGGCACCGAGCUGCUCGAUGUGCGAUUCACCAUUCUGGACCUCGAGUCCCACCCCGUCCCGGUCGACACCGUCGCUAUCACAUUGAUCCAGGACCCCACUGGCGAGCUUUACAUCGCCAAGACCGAGAUCGAGAAGACCACCCCUCCCGCCGAGCGUUUGUCCUGGAAGAAGUGCAACGGCAAGCCUAAGUGCCUCCAGCAGCUGCUGGUCGCUCGCGUCCGUGGUCUCCUCGCCGCAGCCAAGAACCGUGUUCUGGGCAUGGCUGGGAAGGGCGGUCGUAAGGGCGGUCAUAAGGGUUGUGGCAAGAACAAGGGCAUGCUGGGCAUGGCAGGCCACCAUGGCCCUCCCAAGCACCAUGACGAGUUCGUCCCCGAGGGCAUUACCCCCUUCUCUGGAUUUGAAGGCCCUGAGGGCCUCGAUGACAAGGAGCACCACCGCCAUCAUCACCACCCUGAGGGUGGUGACUUCGGUGCUGAGAUGGGCGAUCGCCCCCCUCCCCCUCCUCAUGGCCACCAUGGCCACCAUGGCCACCACCCGCCUCCUCCCCACGGCGCUUUCGCCCACACUUUCUCCCGCGUGGUACGCUUCAUUGUUGUGCCCGCCAUCCUCGGUGUCCUAGCUGGCCUGACUGCCAGCGCUGUCGGCAUGCUUGUUGGUCAGGCCAUUAUCUUCCUCUGGCAGCGCUACCGUGGCACCAAGCCCCAGGAGCACAAGGCUGCCUGGGAGCAGGGUGACGCCUGUGAGAAGCAGGGUCUGAUGGCUGAGACUUCUGAGACUUCUGAGUCUUCAGAGGCCUCCGAGGCCUCCGAGGAUACUCUCCCUGCAUAUGAGUCCUCCUCUCGUCGGGAUUCUGUUGACAAGCCUUAA